AUGGGAAAGAGUUUAACUUGGAACGAAGCAGAACCCGAAGUAUUCGAGGUUCCACGGAUAGACGAUGAAUUGAUCGAUGAUGCAUUUUAUCAGGAAGAUGAGAUUGGCGAAAUGCGACACACGGCAUUUAUGAUUGAAUGUGGACUGGAAGAGGACCCUCCAGAUGGACCGGACGUACCGCCAAUACCUUGGAAGCCGGAAGAUUUGAAAAAGGCGGCUGAGGAAGCAGAAGCUGCCAAUAAGAAGGAAGAGGAGGAGAAAGAAAAGAAAGAAAAACCAGCGCCCAAACGAGGGCCACCGAAGCGGACGCAUUCAAUGGACGAAGGAUUGGUGGACUUGGAGGAGCAUCUACCCGAGGCAGCAAAAAAGCCAGAACCGAACCGGGGUGUCGUUGCCACGCAUUCUGGUGGUGUCUUCCAGAAUCGACCGGCCAGACGGAAGGUACCUCCAAGCAGAACCAUGUCGGUCGAUGCUUACGGCUCAUCAGGGCAAAAAAAGACCCUGUCAAUUGGCUUGGCCAGGACGGAGAAGAAAAGCAUCGGAGGCCCGCGAAAAAUUGCUGCAAGCAAAUCAGGGUCCCUGCAUGCCAUGCGCAAAAAUCUCGAUAAACUUGCCGAAGGAGACGAAGAACCACCUCCCAUCGGAUCGCCAAUCGGUUCACCACGACGGGCUUCCAAACUUGUUGCUACCAAAUCUGGCAAUCUGCAUGGGAUGAGAAAGGCGCUGCAAAAGCCAGAAGUCCAAGCUGUGAAGGAAGAAGAAGUUUCAGGGGACGAUGAGUACACCGAACCAAUGAAGGGCGACGAACCGACGAAGAGAGAGCCAAAGCGUGGCAGUCUGGUUGUCACCAAAUCGGGCACAUCCCAUGGCCUACGGAGAGCCAAUCGGCCAGAGAGAAGAGAUUCCAGAGACUCCAGGUCAGUGGAUUCUACGUCUACUAGUGGAGACUCGUUCUUGAGUGACUUUGGUAGCAGUAGUUCUGAUGAUAGCGACAUCUCCAUCGAGACUGACGCCAGUGAGGAGGAUGAACCCAAACCUAAACCAAAGACACCAAAGGAGAUCUUGCAACAAAUUAAAGCGGACAAGGAGAAGGCAAAGAAGAGGGAGAAACGAAGAGAGGAAAAGAAAAAGGCUAAGAAAGAGAAGAAAAAGUCUGAAAAGGAUGGAGAUGAUUCAUCAGAAAAGAAGGAGAAGAAAAAGAAACCUGCCAAGCGAUUCAGUGCGAAAAGAUCAAGUCAAGCCGACAUUCCGCCAGCAUUCCGUGCAUCAUUUUCUCGCUAA